AUGGUUUCAUAUCCGGGUUCAGACAUUAAACCAUCGCACUUGGGUUCGUGUGGUUCUGGCUUCUCAAAGUUUAUCUCAUGUGGUUGUGGCUUCUUAAAGUUUAUGUCGUGUGGUUGUGGAACGAGGUCAUACUUUGGGCUGCAUCUGGUGCGACCCCUCUACUUCUGGUGGGGAAAUAGGUCGUCAUCCCUUAUUUUCCAUGACUUCACUCGGUGGCAAGGUAGAUCAUUCAGUCAAGAAGGAUACAUCGUUGAUAUGGAAAACGAAAUUGAAAACAGGUUUUCUUUCCUCAGCAAGUCUAAAAAUGCACAAGAAACGAGUAAGAAGAACAGACUCAGGAAGGAGAUCAUUGAGACGUUUGUGAAGGUUUUAGAUGAAGUUAAUCCCUACGUGAAGAAGUUUAGGACUGCGAGAGAGAGAUUCAAUAUGGAUCCUGACCAGAGUUUUCAUAUGAGGAUCAUAAGUGAUCGUCUAACUGAUGGGAGGACUUACAAUAGACCAACUGCUUCAGAGGUAGCUGCCAUCAUCCCCGGAGAUUUCAAUUUCGAUAUGGGUAAGAAUCGUGAUAUUGUUCUGGAAAAACAAUCGGGGAAGUUGAGACGUAUAAGCGAGAUACAUCCAGCCUAUAUCCCACUACAGUAUCCUACUGUAUGGCCACAUGGUGAAGACGGGUUCAGACUUGGAAUACAGAAAGCAGAUUCUGUUGCCACCAAAAAAACCAAGAAGAAAAACAUCAGUAUUAGACAAUUCUUUGCUUUUCGCCUAUUUGACAGAACUAAUGAGGCAGAAAACCUACUAUACUCAAGAAGGUUGUUCCAGCAGUACUUGGUCGAUACUUACACCAUGGUUAAAGCAAACAGACUAUCCUUCCUGAGGCACAACCAAUCCAGUUUGAGGUCAGACAGUUACGAUUCUAUCAAGCAAGCUGAACAGGCUGGUGUCAUUGAUAUGGAGGACCAAGGCAACAAGUUCUAUCUUCCUGCUACUUUCACAAGAGGACCAAGAUAUAUGCGAGAGUUAUAUUUUGAUGCAAUGGCAAUUUGCAGACAUUAUGGUUUCCCCGAUUUGUUCAUUACAUUUACAUGUAAUCCUAAGUGGCCAGAACUCAAUAGAGAGCUUGAUGGCACGAAUCUCAGACCUACAUAUAGACCUGAACUUAUCUCCAGGCUUUAUCAUACGAAACUAACCUCGAUGAUGGAAGACUUGACUCAGAAGGGGCUUAUGGGAAUCAUUGUUGCUUAGAAGACCACGAUAAGCAGAGAUGGGUUUCCGAUUUACAGAAGACGCGAUCAGCCAAAUGUUUUUGUCGAGAAGAAUGGUUUCAAAUGCGACAACCGUUAUGUCAUUCCUUAUAACAAAGCUCUGUCUAUCCUCUACAAGGCGCACAUUAAUGUCGAGUGGUGCAAUCAGUCAGGGGCUAUAAAGUACUUAUUCAAGUACAUAAACAAAGGAUCAGAUCGUGUGGCUGUUGUAGUUGAGUCACCGGAGCAGGCUAAACUUAACGAGGAAAGAAGACAAAACAACCAGACCGGAGGACCUGAUAAUGGAGCAAACCAGUCAUUACCAAAUUCUGGAAGCAAUGGGAAAGUUGAGAAGGUUAACAAGAUAAAGGACUAUUUCGACUGCCGGUAUAUGUCAUCUUCGGAAGCUGUAUGGAGGACAUUGGGUUUUAAAAUACAUCAUAGGUCUGUCGCUGUUGAGAAACUCACUUUUCACCUGGAAGGCAAACAAAUGGUCAUUUACAAGGGCAAAGACAAAAUGGAGAGGGUUGUGACACGUAAGCUAAUCGAGAAGACGAUGAUGCUGGCUUGGUUUCAGCUAAAUUUAGUAAACACGAAGGCGAGGACCCUAACUUAUGUUCAGAUUCCAGAGUUCUUUGUGUAUCUCCCUAGCGAGAAGCGUUUUAAGGAAAGGCAGUCAGGUUUUGCUAUUGGAAGAAUUAACUAUGCACCAAGGAAGAUUGAGGAUGCGUACUAUUGUAGAGUUUUGUUAAAUGUUGUAAGAGGUGUGACAUCUUUUAACGACAUCAAGACAUACAAUGGUGUCCUUUAUCCGUUGUACAAGGAUGCGUGUUACGCAAGGGGUUUGCUAGAGGAUGACCAAGAGUACAUAGAUGAUAUUCUGAGAAGAAGCUUCACGUGUUCUCUAACACAUCUUAGGCAACUUUUUGUGAUAAUGCUCAAUUCCGACAGUCUAACUUCUCCAGAGAAGGUUUGGAAUAGUACAUGGGAGGCUCUUUCUGAGGACUUCGAGUUUGAGAGAAGACGUGAACUUAAUAGACCAGGGAAAACGUUUCUAUGGAAGAUAUUGUCAUCUGCAGUUAGAUGCCGUGGAGAGAUAGUCCUCAACGUUGCUUCAAGCGGUAUAGCAAGUCUUUUGUUACAAGGAGGCAGGACGGCUCAUUCAAGGUUUGGAAUACCACUAAAUCCUGAUGAGUUCUCUACUUGCACUAUGGAAAAGGGUUCUGAUCUUGCUAAUUUGGUAAGGGAAUCAUCUCUGAUGAUAUGGGAUGAAGCUCCUAUGAUGAGCAAGCACUGCUUUGAGUCUUUGGAUCGUAGUUUAGGUGAUAUUAUCGGUAAGAAGCAUGGGAAGCCUUUCGGAGGCAAAGUUAUGGUUUUUGGAGGAGACUUUAGGCAGGUUCUUCCAGUAAUACCAGGAGCAGGCAGGGCACAAAUUGUCUGUUCAUCUCUUAAUUCAUCAUAUCUCUGGGAGCAUUGCAAAGUUUUAAAACUCACUAAGAAUAUGCGACUACUUUCGGAAAAUCUUAGUCCAGAAGAAGCGAAUGAUCUUAGGAGGUUUUCAGAGUGGAUUCUGGCUGUUGGCGAUGGAAGAAUUUCAGAACCUAACGAUGGAGAAGCUGAAAUUGAUAUUCCUGAUGAAUUUCUAAUAACAGAUGCCGAUGAGCCUAUCAAAGCUAUAAGCAGGGAAAUAUAUGGAGAUGCUUCGUCUCUACAGAACAAUAUUGAUCCUCAAUUUUUCCAGGGAAGAGCUAUACUCUGUCCCACAAACGAAGAUGUUAACAUGAUAAACGAGCACAUGCUCGACAAGUUGAAUGGUGAAGAAAGAAUUUAUCUAAGCUCCGAUACUAUAGAUCCUUCAGACACAGCUUCCAUCAAUGACGAGGCUCUAAGCACUGAAUUCCUAAACAGCAUAAGAGUGGCUGGGUUACCUAAUCACAGUUUGCGAUUGAAGAUCGGCUGUCCUGUAAUGUUGCUAAGGAAUAUUGAUCCUAUAGGAGGCCUAAUGAAUGGAACAAGGCUCCAAAUAACUCAACUAGCUGAUUUCAUGGUUGAAGCUAAAGUUAUAACCGGAGAUAAGGUUGGUCGUAAAGUUGUUAUUCUUAGACUAUUGAUUACACCAUCAGACACGACUCUUCCUUUUAAGAUGAGGAGAAGACAACUCCCGCUAGCAGUUGCUUUUGCAAUCACAAUAAACAAGAGCCAAGGACAAUCUCUUUCACAGGUUGGUAUUUUCUUGCCCAGACCGGUUUUUUCUCAUGGACAGCUGUAUGUUGCCAUCUCCAGGGUAACCUCCAAGAGCGGUUUGAAGAUUUUGAUCGUAGAUAAAGAUGGGAAGCCUAAGAGGAAAACAACAAAUGUUGUUUUCAAAGAGGUUUUCAAGAACCUCUAA